AGUAUCGUCACUCAGUCGCGCUCGGUACGCGGAGACGCGAGCACCAUUAAUCAUUAAAAUAAUCAUCAAUAUAUUAUUAUAAUAAAAAUUUUUGGUAAAUGAUCCAUUGAUCCCAAAUAGCAGCACUUGAAACGACACCUAAAAAACAUUAUUGCUUUACUCAAUUAUUUUUUUUUUUAAUUGUAAAAUUUGCAAUUGAUUUAAAAAUUUAAUUAUUAAAAUCAAGCAAGCUUUUGAAAUAUAUUCUAAUAGACAGCAAGUGCAUAAGUGUGUGUUGAUUUAUUAUAUUUAUCUUUGAUUAAUUUAUAAUUUUUUUUUUUUCGUAUUUAAUAUCAAUACAAGAUUGCAAUUUAUCGCGGUCGCUCUUUUUUUCUCACUCGUGUUUGUGUGUCUGUGUUUUUAACGACAAAAUUUUGUGUCGUUUCCUUUUUAUUUUCAUACUGAAAAAAAGGGCAUAUCAUCACGUGCGUUUAUAUAUAUUAUACCAAUGAAAAUUUAAUUUAAAAAAAUAUGUUUUUAUUGAUAAAUUAAUUGGGUUUUGUAUUGAAAUAAUUAACUGAUGCUGCGCACACCAGCAACACCGAAAGUCGCUUUAUAUUAACGAAAAAAAAGCGUGUUCUAUUUUUAAUAUAUAUAUUCAACACGUGCGGUAAUAUUCAGAGAUAAAUGUCCAUUAAAAAAUAGACAAAACACCAAGUAACAUCAGAUUUUAUCAACAAUAAACUAUUCAAAGAAUAUUUAAAAUAUAAAAAAACAAAAUUUAAAAAAUGGCUGGUGAAGAUACAGUUGUUAUAACAAAUGGUACAGUUGAUGGAAUGACAAUAAUACCACCAGAUAAAAUAGAUAAUGGAAAAAAUGGUAAUGUCAUUUGUAAUAAUAAUAAUGGUAAAUUACCAAAAACAAAAUUAUUAGAAAUGACAAAUGGUAAAAAUGAAAAAUUACCAUUAAAUGAUGAAAAAUCAAGUUUUCAUACUGAAUUUGAUGAUGAUAUUGAUGUAUCAUGUGGCUGGGGGCCAUGUCGUCCAAAAUGGUUACAAUUUUUUGCUACAAAACAAGCAUUUUUAGUAACAUUUUGCUUAACAUGGGUACUUCAAGGUAUGUACUAUACAUAUUUUGUAUCAGUGAUAACAACAAUUGAAAAAUUAUUUCAAAUACAAUCAAAAACAACUGGUAUAAUAAUGUCAGCAACUGAAAUUGGACAAAUUGGAUCAUCUUUAUUGCUAACAUAUUAUGGUGGUCAAGGACAUAGACCAAAAUGGAUUGCUUGGGGAAUGGUUUUAUUUGCUGUAAGCUCAUUUACAUGUUCAUUACCUCAUUUUAUAUUUGGUGAUCAAUUGAUGCAUCAAAAUCUUAUGUUAUCAACAACUGUUGGUGAUGAUGGAAUUCAAAAUACAACUGAUUUAGUUCCACAAAAUUUAUGCAUGUUUUAUGAACUAAAUAAUAAUGAAACAAAUGAAUUUUUAAUUGGUCCAACAAAAAUUAAUAAAAAUUCACCUGAAUAUUGUAAUGGUGAAUUUUUAGAUGAACAAAAAAUUCAUAGUAAAAUAACAGCAAUUGUAUUGGGUAUAUUUUUUGUAUCACUGUUGGGUGUAGGAAUGGGACAAACAGCAGUUUAUACACUUGGAAUUCCUUAUAUAGAUGACAAUGUUGCUUCACGAGAGAGUCCUUUGUAUUUUGCCAUUACAAUUGGUGUUAGAAUUCUUGGACCGGCUCUUGGUUUUAUUCUUGGAUCAGUUUGUACUAUGCUUUAUGCUGAUCUUUCAGUUGAUCCACAAAUUACACCAAAUGAUCUGAGAUGGGUUGGUGCUUGGUGGUUGGGUUUAGUAUUGAUAUCUGCUAUGCUAAUGCUAGUAAGCCUUGCCAUGUUUUCUUUUCCAAGUCGUCUUCCAUCAAGUAAAUCACAGCCAAAAAUUGAAGAUUCAAAAAAACCUAGCUUACGUGAUUUUCCUAAAGCUGUUAAACGAUUGUUGAAAAAUGAUAUUCUCAUGUUUAGAACAGCAAGUAGUGUUUUACAUAUUUUACCAAUUGCUGGACUUUAUACAUUUUUGCCAAAAUAUUUAGAAACACAAUUUCGUUUACCUGCUCAUCAUGCCAAUAUGGUUUCUGGUGUUGGAGGAAUUCUCGUGAUGGGUUUUGGUAUAAUAAUAAGUGGAAUUUUCAUACUUCGAAUAAAACCAAAUGCUCGUUUUGUUGCUGGUUGGAUUGCAUUUACUGCUGUUGCUUAUGGAAUUGGUAUGGGAGUUUUAAUGUUUAUUGGAUGUCCAAUGGAUGAUUUUGCUGGUUUAUCAACAAAUUCAAUUGGAAUAGCUGGUUUUGAGCCAACAUGUGAAGCAAGCUGUGAUUGUGAUCGUAAUAAAUUUAGUCCAAUUUGUGGUGCUGAUAAAAAAACAUAUUUCUCAGCUUGUCAUGCAGGAUGUUCAAAUUUUACAAUGAUUGAUGGAAAAAUAUCAACGUAUCAUGAUUGUCAAUGUAUUGGAUCAAAUGAUACAGUUACAGAAUUUUUCAACACAGCAACAAAUGGUUAUUGUCCUCUUGAAUGUAGUAACUUUUGGCUUUAUAUGAUACUAUUUUCUGUAUUUGUAUUUAUACAUUCAACAAGUGAAGUUGGUUCAAUGCUGUUAAUAUUACGAUGUGUUGAUCCAAGAGAUAAAGCAAUGGCACUGGGUUUAAUACAAUUUGCAAUUGGUUUAUUUGGAAAUGUACCUUGUCCAAUUGUUUAUGGUGCUGUGGUUGAUUCAGCAUGUCUUGUUUGGGAAUAUGCUUGUGGUGAACAAGGCGCAUGUUGGCUAUAUGAUUCAGAUAUAUUUAGAACAUUUUUCCACGGUACAACUGGUGGUAUUUUAUUGCUUGCAUUUAUGGUUGAUCUUGUUGUAUGGUACAAGGCAGGAAGUAUUAAUUUUUCUGAUGAACCGACAGCAGGUGAGGCAGGUUCUGUUGAAGAAAUGGAAAACCUCAAGUCUCAAGAGGCUCAGGUCGUUGAUAAUAGCUACCUCUAAAAUAUUUUCACGUACGUAUAACAAAAAGAAAUAAAAAUCUAAAAUAGUUUUAAAAUAUAUAAUAAUAAUUUUAAUAUUAUUAUAAAAACAAAAAACCACACACGAUAAUAUAGUAGUUUUUUUUUUUUUAAAUGCAAGUGAGCUCAAUUAACUACUGUACGUGACACUCAUGCUUUUAUAUUAUUAUUAUAUUAUUAUUUUAGCUACAGUGGUAAUUACGUAAUUAUAUCUACUCAUAUAUUAUAUUCUCAUCAGUUUUAAUAGUAUCUAUUUUAUAAAUAAUAAUUAUUAAAUAUAAGUAUUGCCACUAAGAAUAAUUAUUCACCUCUGUGAGUAUGAGAAUAUAAAUUUUUUUAUUUUUUUACUCUCAAUUGAUUGCAGAGAAAGUUAAUUAGAAAAAAAAAAAAGUUUAAAUAAUUUUUCUAAUAAUUAAAAACAACGUGCAUCAGUAACGAUAAAAUAAUAAUUUUUUUUAAAGCCUAAGAUUAACGGUGCUACCGACAAAACAUGUCAGUUUUGAUUAAAAAUUUUUAAAAAAUUAAGAUUUUUUUUUUUCUACGGGUACAAGAAAAGUUGUAAUUAAUAAAAAAAAUACAACAAAACUAUUAAGAUAUAAAAAAACGAAAAUAAUUGGCAAGUAACAUAUUGAUAUUUAAAAAAAAAAAAAAAAAAAAUUAUAUCGAAUAACAUUUUCUAUUAUAAUUUAGUGUGGAAAAUACUAAAUUACUUUCGUUCUCCUAAGUUUUGAUAAAAGCCGUUUUAAAAAAAGCAGUAGCAUUAACUUAUGAUGAAUUUUUCUACUGCUCCAAAUGUUAUUGUUAUUGUUGUUGAUGUUGUUGUUCGUGUGACUAUUUUUUUUUUUUCAUAAAUAAUUAUUAUAUAUUGAUAAAAUUGUGAUUGUUAGAGUACUGCAAGUUUUAUAAAACUGCUGGCUGCUCAUACGUAGUAACCAUAAUUAAAUAUUAAUUAUUAAAAUAUUAUACAUUUUUUUCUGCACUUGUAAAUACAAUAGUACAAUAAUAUUUACCAAACUAAUUUCUAAAAAAAAAAAUUAAAACAGAAAAAAAAAGAAUAAAUACUUAACGAAAACGAAAAUACUGCGGAACCAAUAUUUUAAAAAUCAAUUGAUAAUAAUUAUAGACAAUUUUUUUUACAUAACUUUUUUACAAUUUUGAAUGUUUACAAUGAUUUUUUUUUUUUCUCAAACAAAGUCUGACCAUCAUAAAACACUGCCGUAAUUAAAUAUUAGUCACUAUUAUAUAAUUGAGCAUUUAAAUAUUUUUAUUAUCAUUGUUAAAAUUAAUGGUUCCAAAGUUUAACAAUAAAAAUAAAUUGAACAAUUUAAAUGUCAUUAUUAAAUAUUAAAGAAAAAAAAAACAUACAACAAAUUUUAUUAUUAUUCAAAACUCUUGAAGAGUUUAUGCAUCACAGAAUUUCACUAUAAAAUAUUUUAGAAUAUCAUAUGAUCAAUAAGUCAUAAUAAUUAAUCAACAACAACAUAAGCAUUGAUAAUAUUAAUAAUAAAUAGUGAUAAAUAUAUUAAAUAUUAAAAACGAGAAGGAAAAACUUCAAUGCCAAUUUACAUGUUUCUCGAAUACAUAUAUAUUUUAAGAAAAAAAUAAAAACCAUAAUUGCUAGUCCUUAAAAAAUAAUAUCAAUUAAUAAAAAAAAUAAAAAGAAAAUAAAAAAAAAAAUACAUGCACACUUAUAAUUAGGCAAAACUUGCAUAAUAUUAUUUUCGUAAUAAGUUAAAAAAAAAAUUAAAAUAUAUUUUUCAUUUCUUAAUCAUUUUUUUUAAUUACAAAAUUAAGAAAUAAUUAAUAAUAUUUUUAACAUGUAUAAAAAAUUAUGUAAUUCAAUUUAUUUUAUAUUAUAUUUUAAAUAAUCUAUCAAAUUUUAAUUGAAAGAAAAAAAAGACAGUUAAAAAUUCUGGCUGAGUGUUUUUUAAAAAUUUUAAAUAAUUAUUAUUAAAUUUUUUGUCGAUACAAAAAUGCAUCACUAAUGUACCUUCGAAAACAUUGAAAAAAACAAAUAUACGUAAAGGAAAUUAUUUUUGAAUUAGUGGCUAAAGGAUGUUGUAAAAAAAAAAAAAAAGUAUUGUUAUUAAGAAAAAGGAAGAAGCAUAAAAAUAUUGUAAUUUUUAUUAAUUCAAGGAUUGAGACUGAUUCAAGAGUGUGUUAAUCCUACGUAUUUUAUUAUUAUAAUAUUGUUUUAAAUUAUAAUAAAUACUGUACUUUGUUUAUACAUUUAAAAAAAAAAGAAAAA